CCGGAAAUUAUCACUCUUAUUAUGAUGGAGAAGAAGAAAAUAAUGUCCAUUUUUCAAGUCGUAAGAGUAAUGAAACAUAAUCAUUUUGUUAAAUGAAAAAGGAUAUAUACGAAUAACAAUUUUGGAGAUUAGCAGUAUUAUUUCCACCAACUACGGCCAAAUGUAGUAUUGGGUAUGGCCCCCAGUGACUGGCUACAGCUGUAACGUGAACAGCAAAAAACGUUCGGCACUAUACCCCAGUCCCCAGCUAGCGGCCGCUACCCCUUGUUCACCGAAACGUGGCAGUUAUUUUUCUUCCUUUGUCCCGCCUCCGAUAUUUCCGUUACAUUAGAUUAGACGCCAGUUGGCUCUCCCACUAUAAAUCAAAGUCUUUGGCCGGUCAAUACCGUAUGGAAGUAAAGAUGGACCGGUGACAUCAGUUAGAAAAAUAUACAGAGACACAGGAGCCAAGUUUCCAAACAACACGCAGUCACACACUGAAGACGGAAAACGAAUUGGGGAAAGUGACGAGAGAUAGAGAGUUAGGGCCAGAGUUUCCAGAGACUCUGACACGCUCUGUACAUCUCUAUUUUAUCUAUCUUUCCCGUUUUCCCAGAGAUGAUGGCAGCCACUCAGAUGGACAACUUGCCUGAGUUUUCUCCGGCGGUCGGACACUCCGAUUAUGAAGAUUCGCAGGAUGAUUUCGGAUACGCCGGCCGGGGGAGGCGAGGAUGUUGUUUCUGGUUCCCCUGUUUCGGUCCCGGCCGAUCCGUCACGCUUUGGGAACGGAUUUCGACAACUCCGGCCAGCGAGAAAGAAGAUGACAUCGGUUGGGGAUGGGAAUGGUGGGACAAGGGUUUGGACACCUUCAAGAAAGUGAGAGAGUGGUCGGAGCUCGUCGCCGGACCCAAAUGGAAGACUUUUAUCCGGCGAUUUAACAAGGGCAGGGGAGGGAUGAAGCCAGCCGGUGCCAACGGCGGAAAAUUCCAUUACGACCCCUCCAGUUAUGCCUUGAACUUCGACGAGGGCCCGGGGCACAAUGGGUAUCCCGUGGAGGAUGAUGAUCGUUUGUUCCGUGAUUUUUCUUCCCGGUACGCUUCGAUACCGUUGACGGCGAAGCCGUCCUUCGUAGAAGUGGGAAAGGACAUUAGCGCCGUCAGCGGGAGUUGACCGUAGAUGGGGAAGACGGUGGUUGGCAGGCGGCGCCUUCAGAUGCAAUCAGUUAACGGCUGAAGCCUGAAAGUGCGGCGGGAAUUUUGCCAAUUAAAACUGAAGUUACGGUCUCCCGUUGGUCAAAGCGGAGGACUUGACUAGUUGUGAAUGAAGGCUCAAAAGAGCUCUUUCAUACUCCAUAUAUAUAUUUUCUCCUUCUUUUCUUUGUUUAGAGCUUCAUAUUCUUUGAGUUAAAAUUAGGAAUUCUUUUGGUAAUCCCAUAAGUGUAAUAAAAUGAUGUGUUUGGUUUUGUGUGGGAUUGAAGUGAAGGAUUGUUGAAUAAGAUUUCUUUCUAUGAAAAAGUUGUACAUCUUGUGUGCGUUUAAAUGGUUGAUAUGGUGGUGGUGGUGAGUUGUUCAAUUUUUCUUGUUCCAAAUGCACAUCCAUUUGAACUUAAUAAGCGGUGGUGACUACUAAUUAAACACAUAGUGAGUAGUCUGCCAUUCCUAAAACGGUAAAACCACAGUGUCUUGUAUGGAAAAUAGCAUUUUGGGUGUGUUUUUAAUCUUUUUGGGAAAACAGACGAUCAAUAUAUGAGGAGGUGAAAGCGGAUGGUAAUUGAACAGAACAGAGAGAAUAAGCGAAACUGGGAGGAACGCGGGGGGCUGAACGCGUGGGUUUCUU